AUGGCGACUUGUUACAGUGAAGGUGCUAUCAAAGUGACGGACGCCGGUAGAAGAAGAAGGUCUGUGAGUUCAUCGGUUCCGGCGUAUAAGAAGGCGGUGAGAUGUCUGUACCGAGUGAAGUUGUCGUCCGAGGAGCAGUUCUUGAUCAAGAUCACUUGGUGCGGCGUGGCGGCGCGGGGAUUCUGGAUCAGUGUCUGCGAUUAUCCGUGUUCUUCGUCGAACAAGAAUUAUUGCAGCAGACAGAUACAGAAGGCUAAGGGGUCGGUUCCAAUCCAAGGUUGUCGCGCGAUGAGGAGUAGUGAAGUAUUCUGGGAUCUCACGAACGCUUCCUACGGUGCCGGCCCGGAACCGCUCGCCGGGUUCUGCAUACUUGUCUUGAUCAACUCAGAAAUCGUCUUGUUCCUCGGAGAUGACGACCAAGAAUUAGCUUCACAGAAGUGCAGUUCCGGGUUGAAAGUCGCCGGCUUUACACUGGUUUCCCGGUGUGAGUAUUUUUCCGCCGCCGCCGCCUCCGGCGGCGGCGGCGGCGCUGGUUUCUCGACAAAGGCGCGGUUCUGCGAUUCCGGCACCAGCCACGACAUUCUGAUCAGGUGCACGGGGGAAGAAAAGGGUGCAAGAAGCUCGACACUUUCAGUCACCAUUGAUGAGAGGAAUGUGAUUGUGGUGCCCAGAUUGCAGUGGAAUUUCCGGGGGAAUCAGACGAUUUUCGUGGACGGAUUGCUGGUGGAUAUGAUGUGGGACGCUCAUGAAUGGAUGUUUAACCAGAAAUCCGGCGGGGCGGUGUUCAUGUUUAGAACCAGGAGUGGAUUGGAUAGCAGGCUGUGGUUAGCAGAGAAGAAUUUGGAGCAGAAAGAACAGGAGAAUUUGGGCUUUUCUUUCUUGAUCUGUGCCUGCAAGAACCCUAGCUGA